GCGCCAAGACGAUUCUUUGGCUCUAAUACUCGUGUAAAUUUCUCGGUGUUGCCACCCUCUCUUUACUUCCUGGAUGGAUCUGCUGGUGCAAGUGUGGUCGUACACGCACCUCUCCGCCGUGGAGCUGCAACAAGGCGUGGCAUUGGCGUCGUCCCGCCAUGCCAACUCGUUCGACUACCCAAACUGGAAGUCGUGGGCACUGACAGAAGUGCUGUACCGCGACCACGACGUGCUCAGCAAGGCCUUCGCCGUUGCGUCCUUUCUCCCGCUUGUCAUCGUCAUGUUCCUCGCCGGUCUCGCCAGCGCGCCGUGCCGUGAGCGGCGCCUUCCCGCGCUGAACCUGAUUUUGUUUCUGGUUCUCAGCGUAGGGCUGAACCUCACGUGUAAGGAGUGCAUUCGCAGUCAACGCCCCGCACACCCCGCAGCCGGAAUGAAUUACACCACCAUUCAUGGUAUGCCCAGCGAUCACUCGCAGUUUAUGGCGGGAUUAGCGGUAUACUUGAUGCAACGCUGGAAAGCAUGCAAUCGGUCCCCCUCCAGUGCCUCUGUUACGGUGCCACAAGCAAGAAGAAAACAAAACCCUUCGAAAAAGGCAGCUACACAUUCGCUGGUCGGUCCGCACGGCACGCAAAGACCCUUGCCUCGUCUCCUGUUUGCCUUUCUGAUUUCGGCAGCUUUUUUUGUAGGGGCCGGUCGGGUGUACAACGGCUACCAUACGAUAGGACAGGUCGUGGCUGGGUGGGUAGUGGGGGCCGCGUUGGCGCUCCUCUGCACGACGGCCGCUGCGCAGCGCGGACUAACGUGGACCUCAGAAACGGUUAUGCUGCCUGUGAUGCUUGUUUGCACAUACUGGACCAAUGCUGUCUGUUAG